CACGCCAGCGCGUUCAUUGUCCUGUUGCUUUUGACAGCACCUUUGUCUUUUGGACAUUUCCGUUUUGUUCCUUUGUGUUUGAAUCGUAGAUUUGCUGCGCAUGAGUCCACAGGAGCACUUUGUCUCUCCUUGCGCGUUAUUUUGAAUGCUUGGGGGUUGAGACAAGGGUGAUAGGCUCAUCGACAUAAAAAAAAAAACCUACAGAAGAGCGUUUUUGGAUUCAUGUUACAGAAACAUCUCAAACGGGGUCGACGGGCAACUGGACGCCAUCCCCGGCCGACUGUCCAGGACGUAUUGGUAAACUGGGUCAACAAUAAGGACAAGAAUGGCAAGGCUGCUGAAGCUGCCGAAGGUUUACCAGGUUUACCAGAUACGACGACAUCCUCUCCACCACAGUCGUUCUUGGGUAUACCCGAGCUGGAUAUGACGUCCCCCUUUUUGACAUUUUCGCCGGCUUCUUUGGCGAAAACCCUUGCGAAGAAUGAUGACCAAGCCUUGCUAGAAACCAAAGAGGAGUGGGACACAAAUAUAGACGACAAAAUCCAGACAAACACAAAAACUAUAACCCAAAACCCGACCAUUCCCAUAUCAUCCGACCAAGACCCCAUCCCAACCCGAUCCCUCACCUGUGCCUGCCAAACCCACCCCGGACGAUGCGUACUUGAUGCCGUUUACCGGAUUGGAGCCAACGAGGCGGCGGGUGCAAUAUUUGGUGAAGGAGGGUCAGAGGUCAUCGAAAGCGUUUGUGAGCGGAGGGGAUGUACCGAUCUCAAAAUUGAGAAAUGGGGGCAGGAUCGACAUGGGCGAUGGGUACGUAGGAGGGUUACGUAUAAAAUCCAUGUGAAAGCUCCCAUGUAUGGAAAUAUGUUGACGGUGGCCAUUGAAGAUCAACAUGUCGUCCAACACGAAUACAGCGUCCUCGUUGUAGAUGUGACGACCCUCACACCUUCCCUGCCUUAUGGAACAGUCUUUUCAACGGUGCAACGAUACUGCAUUACCCCAGCUGGUGUUGGUGGACAGCGAGGUGUGAGAGUGCGUGUUCAUGCCUGGGUGGAGUUUUCCAAAAAGGUCAUGUUGCAAGAUGCGGUUACCAAAACAGCUUUGGAAAGCAUGGCGCUUUCUACCCGAUACCUUGAUGAAGCGCUCCUUCAUCUCGCAGCGGGAGGAACAGGUCGACUACCUUACCACUACGAACGCCCAUCCCGACAAACCGAUAUCCUUCCCGAAGACGUUCUGACUCACCGUGGAUUAGAAACACCACCAGACUCUGGACGGACCUCUCCCACAUCGUCUUCAUCGACCUCUUCCCGUGCGUCCAGCUCGUCAAGCAGCAGUACCGAUACAUCCACACCAUCCACGACAUCCUCUACUGAUUCGGCGAGACGAAGGCUAUACGGUCCACGACCCAUUCUGGGAUCUGAGACGCCGUCUACACCCGCUUCGACCAUUCACACGACCGUUGGGUCUACACCGGCUGGUAUCACACCAACGGGUAUCACACCCGGUGGUAGAGAAGCGGCACGGGAAGGAUACUUUACAGGCGUCCCCGUGCCCAAACUCGAUCGAAAACCAGUUGGACCAAGACCUUUUGGUGGGUGGCCACAAUCCACACCAACAACACCAAAACUCGAGACCGAACAAGCGGAAAAGCAAAACCGACAUCCACCCAUGGCAGUGGUAUGGGAAGGCGGAAAAUGGGUGGAAGCCCAUCCGGCCAUCGCUAAAAAGCUCGUCGCAGAAAAACGAGAAGGGCGCAAGAGGGUGCUGAAGAGGGAAGGUGGAGCUGUCGCUGUUUGGGCUGAAGGACGGUACAUUGUCGCAGGGGAACGAGAAACCAACCAAGAUACGAUAAAAGUACAAGCAACCCCCGACACAGCUCUGUCAUCACCUAUUACAUCCACCCAUCCACUCGUUACUUUAUCUGAACCUACCGCAACAAAAGACCCACCCUCGAAACCACUUAAUGCAUCCUACACCCGCCCACCAACUCCACCCUCAGCAGCACUCGUACCCAAAACCCCAGCUGAAGCAGCCGAAUGGCGAGAAGCAGCAGCCAAAAGACUUGAAAAACAUUUAUCGAAAAAGAAAAGUAUGGAGAACGCAAGUGGUGCAUUGGUUGGAAGUGGGGAAGGUUUGGAAUCAUUGUCGGGAGUACCGUCACCCCAACUCGUAUCUACCAUUCCGCAAAGUCCGACUCCAUCCGCCGUACAAGUAACACCACCAACAACCCAACCAACUGAACCGACAACAUCAACAUCAACAACGGUUAUCCCUUACACCCCACCACCCCAAUCAUCCACACCACGCCCCGUAACCCUCCUCAUAACCUUCCAUAUCUGCGGUAUACUCCUCCUCCUAUCCCAACUCGGUUUUUUCGGCAUCCUACGAUGGAUCUACGUCCUCGUAUCUUGGACACUCCGUACGCUCUUGUGGAGUAUCACGCUCUUGUUUUUCCGUCGUACGCGUCCGUCUCCGCAGAUUGUACAUCAUCAGGAACCCAUCCCGGAUUCGGCGUGCCGUGUACCAAACAAAGAGGAUGAUGGAGUGGUUGUAAAGUGGGGUGAACUUUGUUUUUGGUGGGGUGUUGUUGUGAUUGUGGUUUUGGGUGGUGUGAGGGGGUUGGUGAGGAGGGUUUGAUGGUAUUUUGUGGGUUGCACGUCCGUCGUGGGUGUAUGUCCAUACAGUCUUGUAGCGCUGUAACUAGUGAGUGCUCUUUUUUGCUGUAUGUAUGUAGUGGCAGGUUCGUUUGAUGGAAUGUCAAGGCGGUGUGAACAAGAAACGUAGGAAAUGUAUUUGUACAUCUGAAUACACACACUCUAAUGUUUAAAAACAUAAAAUAGGCG